AUGUUGACUGGCCCGUGCUGAACCGGACCCAAAGCUCGACUCCCAAAUUGUUGUCUCGCUGACGAGAACGUCUUCACCCUACCAAGUCUUCAACAACGUCCCCCGACAACCCUUCCUUGCUUGGUAUCGGAUCGCCACGAUGCUGUCGCGGACAAUUAGGAGAAGUUUGGCGUCGCCGCUCCGGCGCAAUGUUCUGGCGCCCGCCACGCGCCCUGCCUUCAGAUCCGUCACCACCGACGCAGCAUCAUCGCACGCCGAUAAAGAGUCCGUGCCGAAGGAGGAUGAUGUGCCUUUCGAAGUUCGCCUGUCGGAUGAGAGCUUCGAAACCUACGAACUCGACCCUCCCUCGUAUACGCUCUCUACUACAAAGGCCGAACUCAAGCAGAUGUACUACGACAUGGUCGCCGUCCGACGCAUGGAGAUGGCGGCCGACAGGCUCUACAAGGAGAAGAAGAUCCGCGGCUUCUGCCAUCUGUCCACCGGUCAAGAGGCUGUUGCCGUCGGCAUUGAGCAUGCCAUCGAAAAGUCUGACCAUGUUAUCACCGCAUACCGAUGUCACGGUUUCGCCCUGAUGCGCGGAGGCACCGUCAAGUCUAUCAUUGGUGAGUUGCUCGGAAGGCGAGAGGGUAUUGCCUACGGAAAGGGUGGCUCCAUGCACAUGUUCGCACCGGGGUUCUAUGGCGGUAACGGUAUCGUCGGUGCUCAGGUCCCCGUUGGUGCCGGCAUCGCCUUCGCGGAGAAGUACAUGGGCAAGAAGAGCGUUACGUUGGCGCUCUACGGAGACGGUGCCUCCAACCAGGGACAGGUUUUUGAGGCUUUCAACAUGGCCAAGCUUUGGAAUAUUCCCGUCAUUUUCGGUUGCGAAAACAACAAGUAUGGCAUGGGUACUGCCGCCAACCGCUCCUCCGCACUCACGGAUUACUACAAGCGCGGCCAAUACAUCCCGGGUCUGAAGAUCAAUGGUAUGGACGUUCUGGCCGUGAAGGCAGCCGUCCAGUAUGGAAAGCAAUGGUGCGCUGAGGACAAGGGUCCUCUGGUGUACGAGUAUGUCACGUACCGAUAUGGUGGACACUCUAUGUCUGAUCCCGGCACUACCUACCGCACACGUGAGGAGAUCCAGCGCAUGCGCAGCACCAACGACCCCAUUGCUGGGCUGAAGCAGAAGAUGCUCGACUGGGGUGUUGUUACCGAAGAGGAGCUCAAGGCGAUCGACAAGGAGGCUCGCGCCAACGUUGACGCAGAAGUUGCUGAGGCUGAGAAGAUGCCACCCCCCGAGCCGACCGGAAAGGUCCUCUUCGAGGAUAUCUAUGUCCGCGGCUCAGAGCCCCAGUUCAUGCGCGGCCGCAUCCCGGAGGAGAACUUUUACUACUCUGAAGCCGACAUGGGCAAGGAGCAGCCCGCCAGGGCGAGGACUUAAACUGGAAAUAUGCUUUGGUUCGGUGUGGAGUACUUUGUAAUUUUACCUUGAACCCGGCGGUUGCAUAGUAGCCUCUGAGCGACGGCGCGGGUGUUUUCUGCGGUUAGGCCUGUGAUACAUUUGCGAUAGAAAACAUGACUUCUUUUUCAUUUGCAUGACAUGUUUGGGCAUAAAUAUUGAGCGCGGAAUGGGACUUCUACAGCCCGGGAUGAUUGUAGCCUACUAGCCUAGCCCGCUUGCAUCUGCGUCUUCA